AUGCCGCGCACCCAUCACGUGUCCAGCACCGCGCGCGCGCUCCACCGCGUCUUCGUCCUGCCCAGCCUGCGCAGCGCGUCGGCGUCGUGCGGGAUCCCCCUCGACUUUGCCCCGGCGUUUGCGCCCACGUACGGCCCGCCCAGCAUCGCCGUGCCGUCGCCGCUCCACCAGACGCAGACACGGCACAAGUCGUACGCGCGGAAAGACACGCGCCGCCACGCGCUGACCGACUACUUUACGCUCGACAACGCCAUCGCCGCCCCGCGCGUCAAUUUCGUCGACGCCAAUGGCUCCUUCUUCGAGGACGUGGCGACGCUCGACGCCCUCGCCGCCGUCCCCAAGACGACACACCACCUGGUGCAAGUGACGCCCGGCGGCGUCGACGAGCACGGCGUCGCGGACCCGACGCAACCCCCCGUGUGCCGCGUCGUGAGCAAGCUGGAGCUGCGCGGCCAGCACGAGCGCAGGGUCGAGGCGGCGCGCAAGCAGGCCAAGGGCGCCGUCGGGCCGGCGCAGAAGAAUCUCGAGCUGAACUGGGCCAUUGGCGGGGGGGACUUGAAGCAUCGUCUCAGCAAGCUCGAUGACUUUCUGCGCCAGGGGCGGAGGGUGGAGGUCCUCCUCGGCCCCAAGAAGCGCGGCCGCAAGGCUACCGAGGAGGAGGCGCAUGCCGUCUUCAAGGCCGUCGUGGGUAUCGCCGACGCCUGUCGCGCGCGGGAGGUCAAGAGGGAGGGCGCCGUGGGCGCUGUUCUUACAGUGGUUUUUGAGGGGCGGGCCGAGGACAAGAGGGCGGGCGAGGGUAGGAGCAGGGGCGAGAAGAAGACGGAUGAAUCAAGAUGA